AAUGUGAAGGAACCAAUAUGAAAUUCUUGUAUGAUAAUAUAAAAGUCGAACAUAUUUGAGAAAUCGAAGAAGGUGUAUGCAACGACCAAACAGCCCCCAUUUUGCUCUUUAUCGUGUGUUCAUAACGAUCUGCAACGUAAACCUCCAGCGCAAAUGGCGUGUCUUGGCUCCAUGUGUGUCAAGUCCAUGUGCCUGUUGUAUUUAGUGUUCAGCCAGCUCGUGUUUGUUCGCAUUUGCUUUUUAUUUCAUUUUCGGUUGAGUUCGUCGGUGCUCUUUGUGAGACCAAAAUGUUUUCUCAAUAAUCGACAUGGUUCAACUGCAAUUCGUAUUUAUGGGUCACAUUUGUGAAUAUAUUUUGUCAAUAUUUAAUAAAAGUUAAAUUUGUUAAUUAUAAUAAUUGUUUACGUCAGUGCUAGUAAAAGUGUGAAAUUAAAAAUGUUCAAGUUUUUGGAUUGAAAAGUAUGGUGCCAAUGCUUUGUUUUUGUGUAUUUGAUAUCAAAGCACCGAAUAUGUUGGAAUGAAAGAAUUUUGUUUUUCACUUCAAAAAUUUGUUUUUAUUUAUUAUUGACAAAUUUAUGCAUACAAAAUGUUGUCGACUAAUUUUAGCUACCACAAAAUGGAGGGAAUAUGUUUCUUAAACGAAAUACAUAUUUGCCAACAUAUCAGACUUUUAGGAAAUAAGAACGAGAACUUAUUUUCUGCACUAAAUUUUUCAUGUCAGUACAAUCAAUGUAGGAUUGGAAUUAUAUAGCUUUAAAAAAAUAAAAAAGUAAAAAAAAUAAUAUUAAUUUAAUUAUAAAAUUCAAAGUAUUAUUGUAUUUCUCAAUUGUUACACCGAAGCAACGUUAUAAAAAUAUUUCAACUUUUUUUUUUUUAUUUCAACAAUUUAUUCCGAAAUUGAAGUAUUGUCUUAGACAAUGAUCCGUGCUAAAUUUUAUGAAGCCUACAUAAUUUAGCAAGUAAAAAAAGAAAUAUGAAAUUUCGUGCCAUGAUGCAGGAUCCUGAGUACAUGCGAGAAUUUCUCUAUAUUAUACAAACAUUAUCAAAAUUGGCAAAAGCAUGUGUAAUGAAAAUAUCUAUGGACAAAGUCUACUUUGUGGCCAAUGAGGAAUCCGGUAGUACCGCGCCAUUGGUGUGGGUGGAAAUUGAUCCGAAGCAAUAUUUUGCUGAGUACGCAAUGCAAGGUGUCGACAGUGAAAAUGAUCCACAUAUUGUGCUAAAUAUACCGACAUUGAAUUUGGGAACUGCACUUUCCUUACUCCGUAACAAUCCUUCUUACUGUAAAUUGAAGCUUACAAAUUUACAGUUUCCUUGUUUAACAGUUGACAUUGAUGCGGCAACUAAGAGUUCAGAUAAAUCGCGUCGCGCUAUGCAUCACGUACCUGUGGAUGUGAUACCACGCUGUGAUUGGCCACACUUCGCCGUGCCUACUAUUCCAGAAUGUAAGUUAGUGUUAAAUGUGCCAUCCAACCGUUUAAUACGUGGUUUAAUUGAUAAAAUAAAGAAUCUCUCGCCGACAAUAAUCUUUUACGCCACUUCUGCCGGCGAGAUGAAUUUGGUUGCCGAAACAGAUAUGGCAACAAUAACAACACGUUAUCAAAAUCUUGAAUUACGCACCAUAAAUCCAGGUGAUGGCGAAAAGAGCAAAGAGCAAAUAGAGGCAUCUUGUUCGGUGGAUUGUAAGAAAACUGCAUUAUUUUUCUCGGCUCUACAAAUACCAUCAACAGAAUUAUCGUGUGGCAUAGCUGAUGAUCGACUCAUACACUUAGAAGUAAAUGUCCGCGAGGGCGUUACCAUUCACUCCAAAUUGCCAGCUGUUUGUAUAUAAACAUCAACCAACUUAUCAAUAGUUGAACAAUAAACUCACAAUUUUUUCCAACAUUAA